UUAAGUUUAGUAAUAGCACCUGAUACUUACUUACUUACAAACUUUUUAAAAGGAUUCAUCAAAAUUGACUUCUCAUUAGAUUCCGGCUUGACACACAGAAGUUAUUCUGUAAAUACCAGCUGUCUUUACCAUACAGAACACCAUCAACUAUUAAUCCAUAGAACAAGACAGUUGAGCUGGCAGAGACAACCUCAGACUGACUUUCUAAGUUUAAAAAAAAAAAGGCCUAGAAUAAGAAAGACCAAAAAGUUUUGUUUGAUUAGCUGUAACACUCCUAGUCUCAUAAUUACUUUAUUUUACCCUCCCCCCUCAACUGAAUAACACAGAAAUACACCAAAAAAAAGCAGGAAAAAGUGCCCAUAGUCCUGUCACUCAGAAAACAGCUUAAAAUGUGCCAUAAAGGUAGUACUAAAAUGACAUUUUGAUUACAUUUUUAUUUUAAAAAUUUUAGCACAAGCAUUUUCUUAUAGUAUUAAAAUAUCAUUUUUAAUGAUUGCAUUGUUUUCUCAAUAUCCUCUUAUAUGAAUAUACCAUAAUUUACUUACCCUGUCACAGAGCUUUGGGCUGCAUUGGGUCUCUAUGUCAUUACUAGUGCUGCAGCACCACCUUUGUACAUGACUCUAUCUAUCCCGUGUGAUUUUCAAGGAAAUUGAUAAAUACAUGCAUACUUUUUGGAGGAGGAACAGAAAUGGCACAAAGUAGUAUAUAGAUGUUGCCUUGAAAUCCUGGAUAUUUUAGACCCCAACGUCACUGUUUGAUAAGCACACUGGAGGAGAGAGGAGGAAUACGUAAAGAAGAUCAUUGUUUGAGUUGCUGAACACUGUGCUAACAGGAGGGAAAAUAUUUUAGCAUGUUGACAACGGUGGAGGAUAGGAGCUGCCUUCCUCCUCUGUGUUGAAACAGGCAGGAAUAAGUACUGGAUUAGUGCAUUGGCCCUCUGGGAAGGGAAGAUCUGACUUCUCAGGUCAUUCAGAUAGAACACUAGCAAAAAAUAGGUGAGAGUUCAUUAUGCACAUAACACACUCAAGGGUGCAAACAGAAUUAACCCAAAUCCGUCACCAGUUUUAGCGAGCCACCAAUGUGUAGGUACCAAGGCUUCAGUUUUCUAAAUCUAGGGAUAUUUAGCUUUGGCACUUGGGUUUUCUACCUCUGAAGCCUUCAGAGUACCUCUGAAUCAGGCUAAUUAGAAAAAACAAAAUACAUAGGUAGCAUUUUUUGGUUGAAUCUGCACUGAGUGUGGAUACAUGUGCAUUUUUAAAAAUAUAUAUAAUCAGCACUUCUAGAUGGAUGAGAAGCAUUGCAAGUUUAAGAACAAAAGACCAAAAUGGAAAGGAAGAGCACACUCAGAGUCAAAGUGGUUAAGCCAGGUAUCAGGAUCUGGUAGACACAUGAACACCGCUUUUCCUCAAAAGAUCAGUAAGUGGAUUUCAACAUUAAUAUAAAGCAUAUUUUGUUUGGCAUAGUAACCAAAGAAGGAAAGAGUGCUGUUAAUUUUUAACAUGUGGGACAUUAAACCAGCCAAUAAAGCAAAAUCCAUCGUGAGUUUGAAGACAGAAUUAGUAGGGAAACACAAGAAUAUUGGUUUUAAUUGAAAGGUUUUUGCGGGGGCGGUGUGUGUGUGAGAGAGAGAUAGUGUACCUUUUAACUGUGUGUGUGUAUUUUAAUACCAGCCAAUUAACAUGAAAAUAAAAAUAAAUCAAGGUUUGACUUUUGUUGUAUUUGAUUACAUGUGCUUUAGCUUUAAUAUGUAAGUCAGUAUUCACAUUGGGAUGACAAUAUUCGGAAUCAGGUAUCAAAACUGUUCAAUGUACUCAACAUGGUACACAGAAUUUCUAAGUAGACUCUUUCUCUAUAUAGUGCAGGUGUCGAGCUUGGUAUCUCAUUACUGACAAUUUAUGACAUUUUUUAGAUGCUUAGGGUUGGCUAAUUGUGUGUGUUUAUGUGUGCAUUUCUCCUUGGAAAUACAUUUGAAAGAAGCAGAUGGUUCAGAGUUGAGGGAACAUUAGUUUUAAAGGCAGUUACAAAAUGAUUGGACUUCUACAGAUUUAUUUAUUUGUAUUAAUUUAUUUAUUUUUAUACAAUUAUAAAAAUAUGCUAUUACAGUUGUUCCCACUUUUUCUCCCUUUACCCACCUCCACCCAGCCACCCUCCACCCUCCCUAAGUCAGUCACCACAUUGUUGUCCCUGUCUAUGGGUUUUACAUAAAUGUUCUUUGAUAAAUCUUUACCAUGUUUCCUCCCAUCUGCCCCCUUCCUUUCUGGCAGCUGUCAGUCUGUUUCAUGUAUCUAAUCUUCUGUUACUAUUCUGUUGGUUUAUUGUGUUCAUUAGAUUCCACAUGUAAGUGCUGUUUGUCUUUCACUGACUGGCUUAAUUCACUUAGCAUAAUAUUCUCCACGUCCAUCCAUGCUGUUACAAAAUCAUUUCCGUGGUUUGGCAUGGAUAUCGGUGGAACACUGGUUAAGUUGGUCUACUUUGAACCAAAGGAUAUUACAGCUGAAGAGGAACAAGAGGAAGUGGAAAACCUGAAGAGCAUCAGAAAGUAUUUGACUUCCAACACCGCUUAUGGGAAAACUGGGAUCCGAGAUGUCCACCUGGAACUGAAAAACUUGACCAUGUGUGGGCGCAAAGGAAACCUGCACUUCAUCCGCUUCCCCAGCUGUGCUAUGCACCUGUUUAUUCAGAUGGGCAGCGAAAAGAACUUCUCCAGCCUUCACACCACUCUCUGUGCCACAGGAGGCGGGGCUUUCAAGUUCGAAGAGGACUUCAGAAUGAUCGCGGACCUGCAGCUCCAUAAACUGGACGAACUGGAUUGUCUGAUUCGGGGCCUGCUCUACGUUGAUUCUGUUGGCUUCAACGGCAAGCCGGAAUGUUACUAUUUUGAAAAUCCCACAAAUCCUGAAUUGUGUCAAAAAAAGCCGUACUGCCUUGAUAACCCAUACCCUAUGCUGCUGGUGAACAUGGGCUCGGGGGUCAGCAUCCUAGCAGUGUACUCCAAGGACAACUAUAAAAGAGUUACAGGGACCAGUCUUGGAGGUGGAACAUUCCUAGGCCUAUGUUGCUUGCUGACUGGUUGUGAGACCUUUGAAGAAGCUCUGGAAAUGGCAGCUAAAGGCGACAGCACCAAUGUUGAUAAGCUGGUGAAGGACAUUUACGGAGGAGACUAUGAACGAUUUGGCCUUCAAGGAUCUGCUGUAGCAUCAAGCUUUGGCAACAUGAUGAGUAAGGAAAAGCGAGAGUCCAUCAGCAAGGAAGACCUCGCCCGAGCCACACUGGUCACCAUCACCAACAACAUUGGUUCCAUUGCUCGGAUGUGUGCGUUGAAUGAGAAUAUUGACAGAGUUGUGUUUGUUGGGAAUUUUCUCAGAAUCAAUAUGGUCUCCAUGAAGCUACUAGCAUAUGCCAUGGAUUUUUGGUCCAAAGGACAGCUAAAAGCUCUGUUUUUGGAACAUGAGGGAUACUUUGGAGCUGUCGGGGCACUGUUGGAACUGUUCAAAAUGACUGAUGACCAGUAGAGAUGAGCCAUAGAUGGGACAGAGACCUGGAACCACUGCUGGAGAAGGUGGAAGCCGCUGUGGGAUGGAAGCCAAGCCAUUCAUGGCAGAUGUACCUGCUAGAUUUGUAAAUAACUUAAAAUCCUUCUAGCUGAUCUUUUACUCUUGAGUUUUGAGCUUAUGAUUCAAAAUGGGGAAUACAAGAGUUUUUUCUGUAUACUGUAUUUUUAAGGAAAAAAAACACAACAUUUUGUGCAGCGUGGCCAAACCUACCAAUUUUAUGCAUUAACUUUGAAAAGUUGUAUGAUGUUUAAGAAGGACCUGAAAUUUAAGUGCUGUUUAUACUUCUUCUGGGGUUUACUGAUCAGUGUGGUAAUUUUAAAUUCGUUUAGUAAUUACUCUAGGAGAUUUUACCUUUACUUAUAUUUUUCAUGACGUUUCAUGAUUUGCUGUUGGUUUCAAAUGAAACUACAAAUCUAGCAUGUUUUACUGUGAACACUAUUUUGUUUGUUUGUUUAUCUUUUAUCGUCCUGUUUUUUUUUCUGUUUGAAUGUCUUAUGGAAAGAGUCUUCCCUCCUGUUUCUGUCCUCGGAUGACUCCCCUUCGCCACCACACCUUCCUUUACUGUAAUUGUUUAUAUUAAUCAAGGUGCUGUCCAACUCAAUACAAAGUUAACCAUGAGACCCAAAGCUCUCAAUAGUGCCCUCGAAGGGGAAACACUGAAAGUGUUCAUGAAUUUAAGGAGUCUGGCGAAAGUUGAAAAUUAUAUGCAGUUUUUGUCAUAGCCCUCAUGAACAUGUUCUAUGAUGAAAUGUCCUCAUCCACGCACAACAUAUCAUGGCAGCAAAUCCUUGUGCGAGACAUUGGCAUUUACAGGACAAAGUCUCCCAGAAGAUUAACAGCUCACGUUGGGAGAUUUAGAAGACGUGGAUUGAGGUGUAGGUAGUUCAUAUCUUUUUGUUUUGUACAUGUAUAUACCUAGGAGCUUUGUAACAAGUCAUCUUAAAUAAUAAUAAAGUUUUUUCAUUUGAAAUAUUUUAAACUAAAAACUGUGUUUCAAUCCUAGUUUCUACAAUGAAAAAAAAAUUAUGAUACAGAUAUGUAUUUUUUCUUUUUAAAAGACAUCAUUGGGACUGAUGGGUAACUUUCAAAUGUGAAUCUUAGAGGAACAUUGAAACACAUGUGACCUAACAAUUAAGAACUAAAUAAUAUUUUGAAUUGAGCAUAUUGUUGAAAGGGAUUUUGCAAGAGCAUUGCUCCACGAUGAAGCUUUCCUUCUCUGCCUUCUGAGCACCACCUUUAAUUUCCAUAUCAUCAAGUCUUGAAGUGGAUGUUAAUUGAAGUAUUCACUUGUCUAGUUGAAAUAAAGCCUGUUUCUGUUGUGAUUUUUUUAGUGUAUAUGUUAUUUUCAUUUCCUAAUCUUCAUGUUCAUAUUAUCUGCUUUUGUACCAUAAAAUGAAUGUGUGUUGUAUUUUUGCUACUCUGCAUUUCAUAACUUGAAGCCAUUACAUAAGUAUGGUAAAGUCCGAAACACUGUGUCUUUAACUGAAGCUAUAGCUCUAUGCAGGAAUUUUUUAAAAAUAGUUUUCUUAUUCUUAUAUAAUUAACUCCUUAUUCCCAAAAUAUCAUCACUAUAUUUGGUAACUCCAAAAGAGUUUCAGAAUUUGGUCAUCACAAAUACAUUUUAUCAACCUCCAUCAGGCUUUCAAAAAUCCAAAUAACUAGGAUGUUCUGGAAAAAGGCAGAUGUAACAAUCUAUAUAUUAUCUACGACAGUGCCUUUUUUAAUUGUUCUUUUCUUCCAUUCCUACACUUAUCUGUCAGGGAAUAGCACACCUUGGAUCAUGGUUCUGCAAAAGAAAUCAGGGCAAGUUAGUGUGCCUAAAUAAUUUUGUUAACUAUUUGGAAUCACUUGAUCUGUCAUUAGCAAUGUUUAAAACAUUGGUUUAGCUGAGGAAAUAAAUUAUUCUUUUAUACAAAAAUCAGUUAAAUGUUGCCUGCCUAGAGUCAGUCUCUUUUUUACAAUGAGGGACUUGUAGCCUGAGGAUUGUUAUGUUUACUUGAAUGACAGAAACUUUCCUUUGUCUCAACAUCAUGAGGAGGCGUGGGAAGAAUGAAGAAUUUUUGUCUUGAACCAUAUGAAGUCAGGAAUGUUAGGUGGCCCAGAGCAUGGCCUCCAACCACAAGACAACCUGGGUCCAGCUCAGCCGCUGGCUCAUUGUGCAGGCGGUCGCUAGCCCUCUAGCACAAGGGCUGAUGCAUAAGAAAUGCUUCAUUAAUGUUAGCUAUACUGAAAAGAAAAUGGAUGUUUUAAACUAAUACAUUAAAUCAGUGAUUUUUAGCCUUCUGGAAUGUGGGGAACUUUUUUUUUUUAAAGGUUUUAUUUAUCUUUAGAGAGAGGGGAAGGGAGGGAGAAAGAGAGGGAGAGAAACAUCAAUGUGUGGUCGCCUCUCGUGCACUCCUUACUAGGGACCUGGCCCAAACCCCAGGCAUAUGCCCUGACUGGGAAUCGAACUAGCAACCAUUUGCUUCAUAGGCCGGCACUCAAUCCACUGAGCCACACCUGCCAGGGCUUGGAAUGUGGGAGACUUAUUUUAGCACAGAGGUACUGCACAGAUCUCCAUAUGCUAGUACAUAUCUACAGCCCUCAGCCACAAUUCCAAAUCCCAAACUCUUCAAAUUUACCUUGAUAGCUCACUUGACAGAAAAAGUUACUUGAGCAUUAUUUUUCACACUUUGUAGAACUCUUCACACAUUUUAUUGCAAAGCUAUUAAUGUAUUUGAUUACACAGUACUGCCCCAGAUACUGCUAGGGGUGUUAAGUAGUGAACAAUUCUGAAUUUUGAAGUUUUUGAAAAUCUGGUCUCAAGAUUUUCCAAUAAACAGAUUGUGGAAAUAUAGUUGUAUUCCUCAGUUUAUAUAGUAUGCAUGGAUUCAGAGUGCCUUUUUUGGGAACUGGCUACAGGUAACUUAUACUUAACAUCAUUCAGUCACACAAGGAAUAUUAGGAAGUUACUUUGUGCCAGGAAGGAGCUAAGGAGACAGCCCUUGCUGUCCAGCAAGGGGAGAGCAGAUGGCCUAAGCCAAUACAGUAAUAAAGGGUCUCAGGUGUCAUUUAUUCAGCCAUUCACUCAUUCACAAACAUUUACAGCAGUAAACAAAACAAAGACCCAUCCUCACAGAGGUUACAUUCCUAGAAGGGAAGACAGAUACAUUAAUAAUUACAUAAUAAAAUAUUAGAUUAGUACUACAAAGAGAAAGUAAGAUAAGGUAAGGGGCUAGAGGGGGGUGGGUAAUUCUGUUUAGAAAAUAAGAAAGGGAGAAUCUUUGGUUAGAGUGAUCAGAGACAUCUCCUAGAGGUGACAUUUAAGUAGAUUUGAGUGAAGUAGGAAAUGCACCAUGUAAACACCUGGUAGAAAAUACUUUACUCCUGGCAAACGAGAGUGCAGGUUUGGAGGAACUGCAAAGAGGCCAGUGUGUCUGGACAAAACAUUGGCAAUAGCGGUGGGAAGUGCAGUUUUAGGCAUAGCCAUGGAAGAGGUCCUAUACAAAGUCCGUAAGU